CAGAACUCUUUCCUAACCUUGUGAGCAAGGGUCCGGUUGUGAAACAUGGCAACUGCAGGCAGGGUGAUCCGGUGCAAAGCUGCAGUAGCAUGGGAGGCUGGGAAACCGCUGGCCAUGGAGGAGGUGGAGGUGGCGCCUCCUAAAGGUGGGGAGGUCCGCCUCAAGAUUGUGGCCACAGGGAUCUGUCACACUGACUCCUACACGCUAAGUGGCUCCGACCCUGAGGGAGUUUUCCCUGUCGUGUUGGGCCACGAGGGAGCCGGCAUCGUGGAGAGUGUCGGCGAGGGAGUCACCAAGUUUCAGCCAGGAGACACAGUCAUACCCUUGUAUAUCCCACAGUGCGGAGAGUGCAAGUUCUGCAAGAAUCCCAAAACCAACUUGUGUCAAAAGAUCAGGCUCACUCAGGGCAGAGGGUUGAUGCCAGAUGGGACAUCCCGUUUCUCAUGCAAAGGCAAGAGCCUCUUCCACUUCAUGGGCUGUAGCACAUUCUCCGAGUACACCGUGGUGGCUGAGAUCUCCCUUGCUAAAGUGGACUACAGGGCCCCCCUCGACAAGGUGUGUCUGCUGGGCUGUGGCAUCUCCACUGGUUAUGGAGCUGCUCUGAACACUGCCAAG